AGUAAGCCUUAGUAAGUAAACACAAGUCAUCUGAUUUAUGGAUGUAAUUCGUGAUCAAAGAAAGGUGAGGGGUCAGAGGUCAGCUUAGGUUUAUGUUUUAGGGUGUUAGAGGAAAUAGAAGUGGCUCGGUUCUGAAAGCGGUUCGGUUCUGGAAGUGAUUCAGUUUUGAGAACGGUGGCUCCUUCGUCCUGGAGGCUCAGGUCAGCUGACCUACAGCCCGUCUGUGCUGCCGAACCCCUGCCUCAUCCUGCGGUUCGGUUCUGGUCAGACGGCAGAACCGGCUCCUCUGUUCGGAACCAGACCACAUCAUCAUCCUCCUCCUCAGGAUGGCCUUCAUCACCGCUAACUGGAACCCGCUGGGAGACACUUUCUACCGGAAGACGGAACUUUAUGAGAUGUUCUGGAGCCUCCGGGACGGACUGAGGGACAGUCUGGUGGCAGCAGCUCCGUAUGGAGGCCCAAUCGCUCUGCUCAGAGAACCGCUCAGACGUUCCCCCAGCUCUCGUCCUCAGCUGGAGAUCUACUCCGCCUCUGGAGCGUCCAUCACCAGCUUCCCUUGGAAGAGCGGUCCGGUGGUCCACCUGGGCUGGUCCGUCAACGACGAGCUGCUGUGUCAGGAGGACGGGACGGUUCUGAUCUACGACCUGUUUGGGUCCUUCAAGAGACACUUCAGCAUGGGACAGGAAGUGGUCCAGUCUCAGGUGUUGGAGGCCAAGGUUUUCCACUCGCCAUAUGGAACAGGUGUCGCCAUAGUAACGGGUUCCUCCCGCUUCACCCUGGCAACCAACAUCGAGGACUUGAAGCUGCGCAGGCUACCUGAGGUCCCAGGUCUCCAGGGCAAGCCGUCCUGCUGGGCCGUCCUCACUCAGGACAGACAGACCAAAGUCCUGGUGUCCAGUGGACCUGAACUCUAUGUUCUGGACAACACGUCCUGCACGGCUGUGUAUCCUCCAGGUCUCAGUCCUCAGGCUGGCAGCAUCGUCCACAUGUCUGUCUCCUUCAGCUACAAAUACCUGGCUCUGUUCACUGAGACGGGACGGCUCUGGACCGGCUUGUCCAACCUACAGGAGAGACUGAGUGAGGUGGACACCAAGCAGGCAGCUACGCCCAAACAGAUGGUCUGGUGCCGCAGGCCGAGGUCCCAGCAGCCCUCGGUGGUGUUGAUGUGGGACCGGCUCCUCCUGGUGGUGGGAUCUUGUAACGACACCAUCCAGUUCCCCCUGGAGGACCAGUCGGUGCUGGUGGGCGAGCUGGACGGGGUUCGGAUCAUCGGCUCCAGCAGCCAGGAGCUGCUGCAGGAGGUUCCUCUGGUCUGCCAGGACAUCUUUAAGAUCGCCUCCAUGGCUCCUGGAGCGCUGCUGCUGGAGGCCCACCGGGAGUACGAGAAGUCCAGUCAGAAGGCGGACGAGUACCUGAGGGAGAUCAAGGAGCAGAACGUCCUGGGAGACGCCGUCCGGCAGUGUGUGGAGGCGGCCGCUCACGAGUACGACCCCGACACCCAGAAGGCCCUGAUGAGGGCGGCGUCCUUCGGGAAGUGCUUCCUGACGGAGUUCAGCCCGGAUCAGUUUGUGACGACCUGCAGGGAGCUGCGGGUUCUGAACGCUGUCAGAGAGAGCAGCGUGGGGAUGCCGCUCACACACACUCAAUUUAAACAGAUGACCCUUCAGGUCCUGAUAGACAGGCUGGUCUACCGGCAGUUCUACCCUCUGGCCAUCGAGGUCUGUCGCUACUUGAAGAUCCCAGACUACCAGGGAGUCAGUCGAGUCCUGAAACACUGGGCCUCCUGCAAGGUGCAGCAGAAGGACCUGACCGAUGAGGCCAUAGCCCGAGCCGUCUGCGCCAAGGUGGGAGACUCACCUGGAGUUUCGUACUCGGACAUCGCGGCUAAAGCCUAUGAAUGUGGACGGCCAGAGCUGGCCAUCAAGCUGCUGGACUUCGAGGCCCGGUCCGGGGAGCAGGUUCCUCUGCUGCUGAAGAUGAAGAGGAGCCAGCUCGCUCUCAGUAAAGCCGUGGAGAGCGGCGACACCGACCUGGUUUACACGGUGGUGACGUACCUGAAAAACGAGAUGAACAGAGGAGAUUUCUUCAUGACACUGAGGAACCAGCCGGUGGCGCUCAGCCUCUACAGACAGUUCUGCAAACUGCAGGAGCCUCAGACGCUGAAGGACCUGUUCAACCAGGACGACGACCACCAGGAGCUCGGCAACUUCUACGUGACGUCCAGCUACAGGGACAAGAGACUGGAGGGCCGGCUGGCACAGCUGCAGAGCGCCGUGGACGAGUACAACAAGGCCAAGAACGACUUCGCUGCCAAGGCCACGGAGGAGGAAAUGCGUCUCCUUCGUUUCCAAAGGAAGCUGGAUGAGGAGAAGGGGGCGGGGCUUCUGGGACUCUCCCUACAGGCCACCAUGGAGGCUCUGAUCGUUGGUCUCCACAAGCAAGCAGAGCAGCUCUACAGAGACUUCAGAGUGCCGGACAAAAGGUACUGGUGGCUGAAGCUGAAGUCUCUGGCUGAGAAGGAGCAGUGGGAGGAGCUAGAGAAGUUCUCCAAGAGCAAGAAGUCUCCUAUUGGCUACCUGGCCUUCGUGGAGGUGUGCAUGAAGAACAACAACAGACAUGAAGCCAAGAAGUACGUCAGCAAGGUCACACCUGAGCAGAAGGUCAAAGCUCACCUGGCUGUGGGCGACCUAGAUGGAGCAGCAGACGCCGCCAUUGAGCGCAGGAAUGAGUCUGAGAUGGGGGCGGUCCUCUCCAGAUGCUCCGCCUCCGACCGGCUGCUGAUGGACAAGUUGAACCGGGCUCGGGUCGCCACUGCCAAGAGUGACCCGAUCCGGCCAAGAAGUGACCCAAUCCGGGCCAAUAAGUGA